CUGUUUUUGUUUGGUAUUUAGGAGGUCGCUUGAUUUUUCAAAUCAUCUUACCUAAGUUAAAAUGUAAAAGCACUUCUGUUUAUAAUAACUUGCAGUGUACAUGCUUCAGUGCAUCCAAGAUUUUACAUCUUAUAUUCAGGGAUAUUAGUCAGUGACAUUACUAAUACUGUGAGUGGGAAAGAAUUUACUAAUUUAGUGCCUGGGAGAACUUCCCUUUGAUUAUCUUUAAUAAAGAUUCAGUGUCUUCAGGGAAGAUUUUAUUUAUAUAUAUGUAUAUAUAUAUUUCUAUGAAAGAGCUUCAUUAUGCAAGUCAGUUCACUGAACCUAGACACAUUUAGUUUUUUUAAAUUUUUAUUUAUGAUUUAAAAAUGAUUGACAAGUCUACAGUGAUAGUACCCUGAAUUCGCCUAAUCUCAUCAUUUGAUUAAUAAGAUUAUAAGGUAACAGGGUUAUGAUUCCAUACAGUUCCCAUCACCAGAGUUUCAUGUUAAAUCUCCUCCAUUAGAAACUUCCCUAUUCUUUAUCCCUUUGGAGGUAUGUACCAAAAUUCUUUUGGGGAUGCAAAAGGUGGAAAGUCUGGCUUCUGUAAUUGCUUCUAGGAAUGAUAGCUUUUACCUCUCUUCUCCCCCUUAUUGUUUACUUCUUUUCUUUUACUUUGGUGUGAAUGUAGUUAAAAAGUACUUGAAUUUUAGUACAAAUUCUGGCUACGAUAUAAAAAUACAAAGUUAACCCAAUGGGACUUCUGUGAUAGAAGAACUGGAGAAUUCAACCUUUGGAUACAUUCUAGGGAAAUUGUUCAGCAGUUAAUUGAGAAUAGUACAACAUUUCGAGACAAGACAGAAUUUGCUCAAGAUAAAUACAUUAAAAAGAAGAAAAAGAAAUAUGAGGCCAUCAUUACUGUUGUGAAGCCAUCUACCCGAAUUCUUUCAAUUAUGUAUUAUGCAAGAGAACCUGGAAAAAUUAACCACAUGAGAUAUGAUACACUAGCCCAGAUGCUAACAUUGGGAAAUAUCCGUGCUGGCAAUAAGAUGAUUGUAAUGGAAACAUGUGCAGGCUUGGUGUUGGGGGCAAUGAUGGAACGAAUGGGAGGUUUUGGCUCCAUUAUUCAGCUGUACUCUGGAGGUGGACCUGUUCGGGCAGCAACAACGUGUUUUGGAUUUCCCAAAUCUUUCCUCAGUGGUCUUUAUGAAUUCCCACUGAACAAAGUGGACAGUGUCUUAAGUGGAACAUUUUCCGCUGAGGCUUUAUCUUCAGAGCCAAAAGACAGUGCUUCAACUGAAGAAAAUAAUGGCACACUGGAGGAAAAACAGACUUCUGAACAAGAGAACGGAGACAGCAUGUCAGAGGCCCCAGAGAGCAAUCACCCAGAAGAACAAGAAACAAUAGAAAAUGUUUCUCAAGAUCCAGACUAUAAGAAGCCUAAAGAGAGAGGAAGCAAAAAGGAUUAUAUUCAGGAAAAGCAGAAGAGACAAGAAGAGCAGAGGAAACGACAUUUAGAGGCUGCGGCUCUGCUGAGUGAAAGAAAUGCAGAUGGUUUAAUAAUAGCUAGCCGAUUUCAUCCCACUCCACUGCUGUUGUCUUUGCUGGACUUCGUAGCCCCUUCAAGACCAUUUGUGGCCUACUGUCAGUAUAAAGAGCCUCUGUUGGAAUGCUACACCAAACUUCGGGAGAGAGGAGGUGUCAUCAACCUCAGGCUGUCUGAAACCUGGCUCAGAAAUUACCAGGUUUUGCCAGAUCGAAGUCAUCCCAAACUACUGAUGAGUGGAGGUGGGGGGUACCUUCUCUCAGGCUUCACCGUUGCCAUGGACAACCUAAAAACAGAACCCAACCUCAAAUCCAACAUAAGCACUUUAGAGUUACAAAAGACUGAAGAGCCAGCAGCUAAAAAAAGGAAAUGCCCAGAACCUGACUGUUAACUUUUCAAAAAUUGCUUUGAUUUUGUUGUUGUUGUUCUCAGGCAUUAUGCAAUUAGUCAUUAAACUUCAAAUGCCACUA